AUGGAUUCGAAAAAGGUGAAGGCACUUGCCCAACCUGUAUGUCCUGUGUGCUAUAUAAAUUGCCAAUAUGGAUUCGAGAAAAGUGAAGGCAAUUGCCCAUCAUGUAAAUGCAAACCUAAGCCAGAACCUGUAUGUCCUGUGUGUUAUAUAAAUUGCCAAUAUGGUUUCGAGAAAGGUGAAGGCAAUUGUCCGUCAUGCAAAUGCAAACCUAAGCCAGAACCUGUAUGUCCUGUGUGCUAUAUAAAUUGCCAAUAUGGAUUCGAGAAAGGUGAAGGCAAUUGUCCAUCGUGUAAAUGCAAACCUAAGCCAGAGCCUGUAUGUCCUGUGUGCUAUAUAGAUUGCCAAUAUGGAUAUGAGAAAAGUGAAGGCAAUUGCCCAUCAUGCAAAUGCAAACCUAAGCCAGAACCUGUAUGUCCUGUGUGCUAUAUAAAUUGCCAAUAUGGAUUCGAGAAAGGUGAAGGCAAUUGCCCAUCAUGUAAAUGCAAACCUAAGCCAGAACCUGUAUGUCCUGUGUGCUAUAUAAAUUGCCAAUAUGGAUUCGAGAAAGGUGAAGGCAAUUGCCCAUCAUGUAAAUGCAAACCUAAGCCAGAACCUGUAUGUCCUGUGUGCUAUAUAAAUUGCCAAUAUGGAUUCGAGAAAGGUGAAGGCAAUUGCCCAUCUUGCAAAUGCAAACCUAAACCAGAACCAGUUUGUCCUGUAUGCUAUAUAAAUUGCCAAUAUGGAUUCGAGAAAGGUGAAGGCAAUUGCCCGUCAUGCAAAUGCAAACCUAAGCCAGAACCUGAAUGUCCAUUGUGCUCUAUAAAUUGCCAAUAUGGAUUUGAGAAAGGUGAAGGCAAUUGCCCGUCAUGCAAGUGCAAACCUAAGCCAGAUAAUCUCUGUUAUCCAGUGUGUUAUUUAACUUGCAAAUAUGGAUUCGAGAAAGCUGAAGGCAAUUGCUUGUCUUGCAAAUGCAAAUCUAAGCCAGAUAAGCCUAUAUGUCCUUUGUGUCGAAUAAAUUGUCAAUAUGGAUUCGAAACAGGUGAUGGUAUUUGCCCGUUAUGCAAAUGCAAACCUAAGCCAGAUGAGCCUAAAUGUCCGUUGUGUGGGAUAAAUUGCCCAUAUGGAUUUGAGACUGGUGAAGGUAUUUGCCCGCUAUGCAAAUGCAAACCUAAGCCAGAUGAACCUGAAUGUCCAUUAUGUGGAAUCAAUUGCCAAUAUGGUUUUGAAGCAGGUGAUGGUAUUUGCCCAUUAUGCAAAUGCAAACCUAAGCCAGAUGAGCCUGAAUGCCCAUUGUGUGGGAUUAAUUGCCAAUAUGGAUUUGAAACAGGUGAAGGUAUUUGUCCGCUCUGUAAAUGCAAACCGAAGCCAGAUGAGCCUGUAUGUCCAUUGUGUAGGAUAUAUUGCCAAUAUGGACUCGAAACAGGUGAUGGUAUUUGCCCGUCAUGCAAAUGCAAACCUAAGCCAGAUGGUAUAACUCUUUUUCUAUCGAAUAUUGAUUUAAGCUGGUGA